AUGGCAGUGACUGAGCCUUUCGACGCCCACAACGUGCCAAGUGUCUCUGCGGGUGAUUUAUCUUCCCGCCUUGCCCCCGUUUUCAGAAGCUUCUUGACCGACAUGACCUACACCCCUCCAGCAGCGCCGAGCACCAAUGAACAACUGAAAGUCGUGAUGCAGGCCGAAAUGGAUGCACGUGGUACGCGUUGUGUAGAGCUUGAGAGGCUUGCACAUCUGGCUAUUAAUUAUGUCGAAUGCGUUUUUCCACACUACAACUUCGAAGAAAAAACGGCCAUCGCGCUAUACCAUUGGUAUCUAUUAUACGUCGACGAACUAGCGCCUAUCAAUGCAGCACCUCUUAUUGCCUUCAAGGGACGGCUUCUCCGUCAUCAACCUCAAUUAGACCCGGUGCUCGACGCCCUUCCCGCUGUCUUCGCUCGCUUUUACGAUUUAUAUGAGCCGUUCACUGCCGACUUUAUAUAUUCAUCGGCCUUGGAGUUCAUCACCGGCACCGCCCUCGAACCGCAGACCAAACAUCUGCCCUUGAUUCGCAAGGCGGAUCGUUUUCCUUUGUAUCUACGCGAGCUCUGUGGGAUCGGUGAAGGUUAUGCACACAUGAUCUUUCCGAAGAGACUUGGUGUUAGCAUUGUGGAGUACAUCGAGGCGGUACCAGACAUGAUAAUCUGGAUCAAUUUGUCGAAUGAUCUUUUAUCGUUUUACAAAGAGGAGCUUGGCGGAGAGACAGCGACCUACGUCCAUCUGCGUGCAGCGGUCGAGAAAAAGGACCACAUGCAAGUGCUUGCUGAGAUCAAAGAUGAGUUGAUCAUUGCGCAAGAGACUAUUCGUGCGACUUUGGCAACCUCCUCUGCGGCUCUUCAAGCUUGGAAAUCCUUUGAACAAAGGCUCAUCUUCUGGCAUAUGACUCAGGAUCGGUACCGGCUGAAGGAAUUGAACUUGUAA